AUGAGCGAAAUAAAUAAAGAUUUUGUUUUUUAUGUUAAAAAUGGAUACAUAGAAGUUGUAAGAGACUUAAUAAAUGAACAUGGCCUUCAGUAUUCCGUAGGAUAUGGAUACAUUCUUCUUCUUAAAUCUAUAAAGCGCAAAUAUAACAAAAUAACUGAACUUCUUUUAAACGCAGGAUGCAAAGUAAACAGAAAGCGAAACAAACGAAUUCCUUCAGAUACACCACUUCACCUUGCUAUCGAAAAUGGUGACUUAAAACUUACAGAAACUCUCAUAGAUCACGGUGCCGAUAUGGAUGCAAAUAAUGAAUGUGGCUUGUCUCCUAUCGUACUCGCCAUUAUUGAGAAAAAGGAAGAAAUUAUUGAUUUACUAAUAACAAAAAUGACUAAUAUUAAUUAUACAUGCAAAGAAGGUAUAAGUCCUCUGCAUGUUGCGGUUGAAUAUGGUUUAUAUCAUGUAACUGAAAAACUUUUACAAAGUGGGGCACAUGUUAACAUAAUGUCAACUAAUAGAAAUAGAGGGUGUACGCCGCUUCAUUAUGCCACUGUAGGUGGAGAUCUAGCCAUUGUUAAACUUCUCUUGGACAAUGGAGCAUGUGUUCAUUUGAAAACGGUGAACGGACUUACACCCUUCCAUACUGCAUGUCAAAAUGGAAAUGUAGAAAUAAUCAAGUUGCUUUUGAGCAGAAAUGCUGAUAUAAAUUCUCGUACAUAUUGUUACAUGUUUACUCCACUGUACAUUGCAAUUGAAAAUUCUCACAGAGAAGCUGCCAAAUAUUUAAUGGAUCAUGGAGCCAAAAUUAAUGAUAAAUCCGACAACAAAAAGACGGCACUUAGUUGUGCCGUUGAAAAAGGCUUAUCGUUGAUAGUCCAAGACAUUUUACAAUACUCUCCAGAUAUUAAUAACGCAAUCAAUAAAAUUUCAUUUAUAAACGCAGCUAGUAAACCGGACAAGAAAUAUUUACCAAUCGUUAAAGAUCUUAUGAUGUAUGGUUUUUCUGUUGAAGCUGACGAUAUAAAUGAUAUUGCUUUGUUGCAAAAUGCUCUAAAAAUGGGAUAUAUAGAAAUUAUACAAGAUCUUGUCAAGCACGGUCUUGAUUUGAAUUCUAAUAAAGAAGAAAAUUUUCACAUUGCUGUUAAAAACAAGCAAUUGCAAUUAGCAAAACUCUUGCUUAUGCAUGAACCUGACGUUAAUGCCAUUGACGAAAAUGGAAAACCUCCCAUAUUUUAUUCAGUGCAAAAUUCUGACUUAGAUAUGUACAAACUUAUACUACUCCAUGGAGGUAAUGUUAACAAAUGUCCUGAUUUGCUUAGCAUUGCAGUGAGAACAGGAUGUAAAGAAAUUUUUGAUCAUCUAAUUGAAAACAAAGUUGACAUUGAAGCUUCGGAUGAGUUCGGUAGGACACCGUUGCACUUUACAGUGCUACACAAAUAUUCCAAAAAUAACAAAAAUAUUCCCAAUAAUAAUGGCGAAAACACACUUGACCAGAUUUUGGAAUACCAGCCUUUUAUAAAUAAAACGAAAGAAAUGGCUAAAAUACUUCUAAGCAUGGGUGCAAAUGUUAACGCUCCAACUUACAACAAUAACUUAACUCCUCUUCAUAUUGCCUGUGAAGAAGGAUUUGCAAGUAUAAUUGAAAUUCUAUUAGAAUAUAAAUCUGAUGUCAAUUGUAUAAGCUCGAAUGGUACACCAUUGCAUUUUGCUGCUAAAAAUGAUAAUGAAUUUAUUAUUGAAAUGCUCUUAGCGAACAAGGCAAACAUUGAUUUUAGAAAUAAUAAUGGCGAUACGGCUCUUCAUAUUGCUGCAAAAUACGAUAACACAAAUGUUUUAAAAACAUUGCUUAAAAAUGGUGCAUAUGUGGAUUCGAAGAACACUAAACUUGUAACGCCCCUUCAUGUUGCUUUAGAAAAUAAAAAAAUUGAAACAUUUUCCAUUCUCUUGGACCACGGAUCUAGCAUUGAUGCAAAAGACAUAGAUGGCAAUACUGUACUUCAUAAAGCUAUUAUUAUGUCCAAUAUUCAUGUAGUUAAAUCUCUGCUUAAGUUUGGAUCUGAUAUUAAUAUUUUGAAUACCAAUAAUCUCACACCUUUUGAUUUGGCAGAUAAUUUACGUUAUUCUCAUCUUGAUCAGUGUUUAAAAUACGCAAAUACAAAUUAUCGAUCUCUUUAUGGCGUUUUUCAUGAUGAUUCCAAAAAUAUCGAAACAUUUAAAAUGUUGCUGUUACACGCUAUUAAGUUGAAAGUAGCAAACUUAUAUGAUGCAAAAGACGAAAACGAUUUAGUAUAUUCAUAUUUAGAUGAAGAAGACUAUGAUUUAUUGGAAUCACACGGAGAGAAAUGUACAAAAGAAAUAGUACAAUUAAAGCUCCAAAAUGUUUCAAGUUUAAUUCCUCUCCAUGUUGCGGUUGAAAAUGGUUUAUAUCAUGUAACUGAAAAACUUUUAAAAAAUGGGGCAUAUGUUAACAUAAUGUCAACUAAUAGAAAUAGAGGGUAUACGCCUCUUCAUUAUGCCACUGUAGCUGGAGAUCUAGCCAUUGUUAAACUUCUCUUGGACAAUGGAGCAUGUGUUCAUUUGAAAACGGUGAACGGACUUACACCCUUCCAUACUGCAUGUCAAAAUGGAAAUGUAGAAAUAAUCAAGUUGCUUUUGAGCAGAAAUGCUGAUAUAAAUUCUCGUACAUAUUGUUACAUGUUUACUCCGCUGUACUUUGCAAUUGAAAAUUCUCACAAAUUUUUAAUGGAUCAUGGAGCCAAAAUUAAAUCCGACAACAAAAACGAUAAAGAAUUUAUUUUUGAAAUGCUCUUAGCGAACAAGGCAAACAUUGAUAUAAAAAAUAAAUAUGGCGAUACAGCUCUUCAUAUUGCUGCAAAAUACGAUAACACAAAUAUUCUGAAAACAUUGCUUAAAAAUGGUGCAUAUGUGGAUUCUAAAAACACUAAACUUGUAACGCCCCUUCACGUUGCUAUAGAAUUUAAAAGACUUGAAACAUUUUCCAUUCUCUUGGACCACGGAUCUAGCAUUGAUGCAAAAGACAUAGAUGGCAAUACUGUACUUCAUAAAGCUAUUAUUAUAUCCGAUAUUCCAGUAAUUGAAUGUCUGCUUGAUUUUGGAUCUGAUAUUAAUAUUUUGAAUACCAAUAAUCUCACACCUUUUGAUUUAGCAGAUAAUUUAUGUUAUUCUAGGCUUGAUAUUGGGCUUAAUCAAUGUUUACAAUACGCAAAUACAAAUUAUAGACCCCUUUAUGGCGGUUUUAAUGAUAUAUCCAAAAAUAUCGAAACAUUUAAAAUUAUGCUGUUUCACGCUAUUAAGUUGAAAGUUGCAAACUUAUAUGAUACAAAAGACGAAAACGAUUUUUAUUUAUAUUUAGAUACAGAAGAUAAUGAUUUAUUGGAAUCACACGAAGAGGAAUGUACCGAAGAAAUAGUAAAAUUAAAGCUCCAAAAUGUUUCAAUUAACCAUGGAGACGUUCAAAAUGUAAGAAAUUUAAUAAAUCGUCAUGGUCUUCAUAAUUCCGUAGCGCACGGAUACAUUCUUCUCCUUAAAUCCAUCAAGCUCAAAAAUAACGAAAUAACUGAACUACUACUAAAUGAAGGAUCUAGAGUAAACAGAAAACGGAACAAGAGAAUUCCUUCAAAUACACCACUUCACCUUGCUAUCGAAAAUGGUAACUUAAAAAUAACGGAAAUGCUCUUAGAUAAGGGUGCCGAUAUUGAUGCGGAUAAUAAAAAUGGCUACUCUCCUCUCAUACUCGCUAUUUUUAAGAACAAUGAAGAAAUUAUUGAUCUAUUAAUCAGAAAAAAAGCUAAUCUAAAUUAUACAUGCUUAAAAGGUUUAAGUGCUCUACAUGCUACGAUGGACUUUAGUUUAUGCCACUUAACUCAAAAACUUUUACAAAAUGGCGCAUAUAUAAACAUAAUAUCAACUAAUUCCUCAGAUAGAGGAUUUACACCGCUUCAUUAUGCCACUUUCAAUGGAAACAUAGCGAUUAUUAAAGUUCUCUUGAAAUAUGGAGCAGAUGUUGAUGUAAAAGAGGAAAACGGAUUUACACCCUUGCAUAUUGCUUGUGCAAAGGGAAAUGUAGAAAUAAUCGAGUUGCUUUUAACCAAAAAUGUUGAUGUUAAUUCUCUUUCUUAUGAUAAAAUGACUCCACUAUACAUAGCUGUUAGCAAUUCUCAUAGAGAUGUCGCUAAAUGUUUAAUGAAUCACAGAGCAGAAAUAAAUGUAGAAUUAUACAACAUAACAACGGUACUUAGUUGUGCUGUGGAAAAAGGCUUAUCAUUGAUAGUCGAAGACAUUCUACAACAUCAUCCAGAUCUUGAAAGCAAAAUCAAUAAAAAAUCAUUUAUACAUGCAGCAAGUAAACCGAAUGAGCACUAUUUACCGAUCGUAAAGAGUCUUAUAAGAUAUGGUUUUUCUGUUGAUGCUAGCGAUAUAAAUGAUAGCGAUUUGGUGCUUAAUGCAAUAAAAAUGGGAUACAUAGAAAUUAUACAAGACCUGAUUAAACACGGUCUUAAUAAAGAAAAACAUUUGCGUAGUGCUGUAAUAAACGAGGAAUUGGAGGUAGCAAAAUUCUUUGUUACCAAUGGAGCUGAUGUAAAUGACAUAGACGAUUUUGGUAAUACUCCUGUAGUUUAUUCGAUGAAAAAUUCCGAUUUAGAUAUGUGCAAACUUCUACUACUCCAUGGAGCAAAUGUUGAAAAAUAUCCCGAAUUGCUGAGAUUUGCAGUUGACUUAGAGUGUAAAGAAAUUUUAGCGAUGCUACUUGAAAGAAGAGUUGAUAUUGAAGCUACGGAUGUGUAUGGAAGGACACCAUUGCACCUAACUGUCUCACGCAAAUAUCCGAGACGUGAUAAGUUUAUUCAUGAUUACCCUCCCAACAUCAAAGAAAGGACAGAAAUGGCUAAAAUACUUCUAGCCAAGGGUGCAAAUGUUCAUGCUGAAACUAACAUCGAAAGAUCAACUGCUCUUCAUAUUGCCUGCGAGGAAGGAUUUGCAAAUAUAGUUGAAAUGCUUUUACAAUAUCAAGCUGAUGUAAAUUGUGUAAGCUUGUAUGGCACACCAUUGCAUUGUGCUGCUAGAAAUAGAGACGACAAUAAAUGUUUUAUUGAAAUACUAUUAGCGAACAAGGCUAAUAUUAAUUCAAAAAAUGAAAAUGGAGACACGGCUCUUCAUAUCGCUGUUCAAUAUGAAAACACAAAUAUUGUGGAAACAUUGGUUAAAAAUGGCGCAGAUAUAGAUUCUAAAAACAAUGUGUAUGUCACGCCCCUCCACAGGGCUAUAAAUUUUAACAGUUUUGGAGCAAUUUAUAUUCUCUUGGAACACGGUUGUUCCAUUAAUUCUAAGGACAUAAAUGGUAAUACCCCUCUUCAUCAAGCCAUUACAUCGGGACAUCCUUUUAACAAGGGAUGUCCCGAAAGACUGCUUCAAUUUGGAUCUGAUAUUAAUAUUUUGAAUAACAAUAACCACACACCUAUUGAUGUAGCAUAUCACUGUGUGGAAAAGUAUUACGGAUAUUACGAGCCAGAUGAAUACUAUGGAGAAAAUAUAAAAUCUCUUUAA